AUGAUUGAUCCUUUUGAUAAGUUUACUACUCCAACGGCGCCCGCCACCACAUCCUCAGUGGCGCCUAUUCCCACUGUUAUUCCGGGAUCUGAGGUCUACCAGGAACUUCAUGAUGUGGGAAAACGGACUCUAUGGGUUGUCACUGUGUUGAUGGGCGUCUCCUCGCUGGUGUUCUAUACUCUGGCCGCUCGAGCUCCUCUACCUAAGCGGAUCUUCCACAUUCUAACUUCCCUGAUAACCACCAUCUCCUUCAUAAUUUAUCUAGCCCUGUCAACAGGUCAGGGCAUAACAACCAAACAUGCCACAAUACACGAACGCCACAAGCAUGUCCCAGACACCGACACAGAGUACAUCCGCCAGGUCCUAUGGCUGCGCUUUGUAAACUGGGCACUUACAACACCCCUUCUUUUCAUCAACUUCGCUCUUCUGUCGGGCCUCCCAGGCGCAAACUUACUCAUCGCGAUUGUCGCCCACUUCAUCAUGCUUGCAACAGCUCUAUUAGGCAUAUUUUCAGGCCACGGGCGCGUGCGCUGGGUCUGGCUAACCCUCACGUGUAUCUCCUACCUGGUCGUGAUCCACCAUGUAGGAUUCCACGCCCAGCGAGCGGCGAAGAGCAAGGAUGUCCAGGCAAGACGGCUCUUCGGGUCUAUCUCUGGGUCUGGGAUUGCUAUGCUAGCGCUAUUCCCUAUUUCUCUCGCGGCUGGAGCUCUUGCGCUUAGAUUGAGCGUUGAUACGGAAACUAUCCUCUUCGCUAUCCAGGAUAUCUUUACGCAAGGUAUCCUUGGAUAUUGGCUUCUGUUCGCUCAUGAGAACACUCCUGAAAUUGCGCUAUAUAUGGAGGGAUUCUGGUCCCACGGUGUCGGCAAUGAGGGAGCUAUCCGUAUCUCCGAUGAAGAGGGUGCGUAA